AAAAAAGAGUAUGGUUUUCACAUCUCACUCUUCUCUUCUCCAUUAAUACUCUCUCUAUCUUCUUCUUGCCAAAACAAAAAAUGGGUUCGAAAUAUUUCCUUUUGAUGUGUCUUUUGCUUGCACUUGCAGUUCUGCUCAUCUCUUCAGAAGUUGCAGCUAGAGACCUUGCUCAAACUUCCACUGAAGAAUAUCAUAAAGUUGUGGAUGCUAAUACUAACAACGUAAAGGGAGUGGAGGAUGCUAAAUAUGGAGGAGGCGGUUAUAAUAAUGGCGGAGGCGGUGGCAAUUAUGGUGGUGGACGUGGCGGUUAUGGCGGAGGCCGUGGCGGUGGCGGUGGACGUGGUGGUUAUGGCGGUGGACGUGGUGGUUAUGGCGGUGGAGGACGUGGCGGUGGCGGAGGUGGUCGGUGCCACUAUGGUUGCUGUAGGAGCAAUUACUAUGGAAAAGGCUGUUCCAGGUGUUGCUCUUAUGCAGGUGAAGCUGUUGAUGCCAAAGUCGAAGCCAAACCUAACAACUAAGUAGGGUAGUCAUGAGAUGCAUGCCAAUAAUCUCUAUUUAUAAAUAAGUAAAACUUCACGUACUUUGUUUGUAAUAAAAAUGAAUGAAUGAGAUCAAGUAUAUAUAUAUAUAUAUAUAUUGUUCUUAAUUCUUCAUACACAUGCUCUAAGUCUUGUUAGGCUAUAUAAUAAUAGUACUUGAUACAUAUUAUAUACUUCAGUUUCUGUUUGAAAUCCACCACUACUUCAUAAUUAGAGAAUAAAGGCUUGAAUUUUAUUGUUA